AUGGCCGGUCAAGAGAACAAUGGCACUCAGCCAGCAUACGAAAGAACUCGGCAGCAGCCUGAGAAUCCAUAUGUAAACCUGAUCCCUGAUCAGGAGAUUGCCAUCAUACCCUCUUUCACUCUCGAGUCUGGUGUGACGUUGCACAAUGUGCCGUUGGCAUACACGACCCGGGGCAAGCUCUCGCCCAACAAAGACAAUGCCAUGGUCAUUUGUCAUGCCCUGACUGGAAGUGCCGAUGUGAGCGAUUGGUGGGGUCCUCUUUUGGGAGGUCCUGGCCGGGCUUUCGACACAUCUAGAUUCUUUGUCAUCUGCAUGAACAGUCUGGGCAGCCCUUACGGCACCGCCAGCCCUGUUACUGCCAAGGAGGGCGACCAGAGCAAUGAGAGAUACGGCCCUGAAUUCCCCUUGACCACUAUCCGGGAUGAUGUAAACCUACACAAGUUGCUGCUCGAUGACUUGGGCGUGCGUCAAGUAGCUGCUGUCGUUGGAGGCUCUAUGGGAGGCAUGCUGGUUCUGGAGUGGGCCUACUUUGGUAAAGGCUACGUCCGCUGCAUUGUGCCCAUCGCAACAUCAAGCCGCCACAGUGCCUGGGGCAUCAGUUGGGGCGAGGCUCAGCGACAGAGCAUCUAUGCCGACCCCAAGUACGAUGAUGGCUACUACAGCUUUGAAGACCCUCCGGUCACUGGCUUGGGGGCAGCUCGCAUGUCGGCCCUGUUGACGUACCGUAGUAGAAACUCGUUCGAGGCUCGGUUUGGCCGGAACAUACCCGACCCUGCCAGAAAGCAGACGAUCACGGAACGGCCACGAUCAAGCACGCCUUCUGAAGCUCACUUCAACAUCCACAACGACGGACACAAAGUGACACGCUCCUCUGUCUCGCGGACCAACAGCAACGACCUUGGCAAGAAGCCAAGUGACAUCUCAGCUGCAGAGGGAGCAGCUUCCGACCCCCAGUUUUCUGGACCCAAGGCGGAUAGCUUGACAGGAGGCGAUAAGAUACCCGCAACAACGUAUUUCUCCGCACAAUCAUACUUGCGCUACCAGGGCCAGAAGUUCGUAAAGCGCUUCGACAGCAACUGUUACAUCGCUAUUACCCGGAAGCUCGAUACUCAUGACGUGUCCCGCUACCGCGCAGAUUCGAUUCCUGAGGCACUGGCUCUUAUUGAGCAACCGACGCUCGUGCUCGGCAUCGAGAGCGAUGGACUCUUCACCUUUGCCGAGCAGCAGGAGAUCGCGCAGCACGUGCGAAAUGCGAGGCUGAAGGAGAUUGUCAGUCAGGAAGGACACGACGCGUUCCUGUUGCAGUUUGAGCAGGUGAACAAGUAUCUCCUGGAGUUCAUGCACGAGGUUCUCCCGGACAUCAUGGAGAGGGAAGGAGAUGUAAUUGAGGCUGCAUCAGUGGGAGAGAUGACAAAGUCGAGUGUAUUUGGCGAGGCUGAGGUAGAGGAUAUCACUGCUUGGUAG